GGCUCGGGAGGGAGGGGGGCCGCUCCGCGACGACUCCGGACGGCGUUUCUCCUGAGAGCGGCGGCGCUCGCGGCUGUGGGGGGCGCCGGGGGGACAGCCCAUCCAUGACCAUGGGCGACAAGAAGAGCCCGACCAGGCCAAAAAGACAAGCGAAACCUGCGGCAGACGAAGGCUUUUGGGAUUGUAGUGUCUGCACCUUCAGGAACAGCGCCGAAGCCUUCAAAUGUAGCAUCUGCGAUGUGAGGAAAGGCACCUCCACCAGGAAACCUCGCAUCAAUUCUCAGCUGGUGGCACAGCAAGUGGCACAGCAGUAUGCCACUCCACCGCCCCCAAAAAAGGAGAAGAAGGAGAAGGUAGAAAAGCAAGACAAAGAGAAACCUGAGAAAGACAAGGAAAUUAGCCCUAGUGUUACCAAGAAAAACACCAACAAGAAAACAAAACCAAAGUCUGAUAUUCUGAAAGAUCCUCCUAGCGAAGCUAACAGUAUACAGUCUGCUAAUGCUACAAUAAAGACCAGCGAAACGAAUCACACCUCAAGGCCCCGGCUGAAAAACGUGGAUAGGAGCACAGCACAGCAGUUGGCAGUAACUGUGGGCAACGUCACCGUCAUUAUCACAGACUUUAAGGAAAAGACUCGCUCCUCUUCUACAUCCUCCUCCACAGUGACCUCCAGUGCAGGGUCAGAACAGCAGAACCAGAGCAGCUCGGGGUCAGAGAGCACAGACAAGGGCUCCUCCCGCUCCUCCACGCCAAAGGGCGACAUGUCAGCAGUAAAUGAUGAAUCUUUCUGAAAUUGCACAUGGAAUUGUGAAAACUAUGAAUCAGGGUAUGAAAUUCAAAUCCUCCACCUGCCCAUGCUGCUAGCGGCCUGGAGUCUUCUGUGGACAUCGACCUCUUAGUGAUGCUGCCAGGAUAGUUCUGCUUGCCAUGGGCAUCUGGCUACCAAGGAAUUUCGCACCCUGACAGUUACUCUUGACACUUUUAUGUAUUCCAUUGUUUUAUAUGAUUUUCCUAACAAUCAUUUAUAAUUGGAUGUGCUCCUGAAUCUACUUUUUAUAUAAAAACAAAUCUGCUGUGCACAAUUUUCCAUGUACAUUACAACUGGUUUUCUGUUUUUGUUUUGUUGAAGGGGGUUGGGAGGGGGGAGGGAACUUUUAUUUAUUGUGUUCACAAACUCCAUCCUUUCAGUAUAUCCUCUUAAGUUUAGUUCUUUCUUCCAGUUAUACUAUGUACUAUCAGUUUUGAUAUAACUAUAUAUAUAAAUAUAAAAUUAUAUAUAAAGGGUUAUUUGAAACCAAUCCAUGGCAGCGCUGGUGCUUGACACACUGUGAAGUGAAUACAACCUUGAACAGUUACACAGAUCCGGGACAGUCCCUUCUAUGAAAGUGCUGAAAUUGAAUGAAAAUCAGUCUUACAUGAAGUAUGUUCCAACCCAUGUGGGAACUUGACUCUCUCAUCUGUCUUUAAGAGUACUGGACGUUAUAAAAAAUUUAUAUUUUUUAAACAAUGUGAUCUCAAAUUUAAAGACUGCUCCAGAUAGCCUGCAUUCGCAGUGGGAUAACUGACACAUCACAAGUGGUUCAGUUGGAGGGCUUUGACCAUUCAGAAGUAACGAAACUAGCUCCAGAAUGCCAAGUAUUCAUGUAAAUUACUGUUACAUGUUAACAUUACUGUUCUUAAAAAGCACUCAUGAAAAUACGGUGUUCUGUAACUUGAAUUCCAGCCUUUUUCCAGACCUCUGUUCGUGUCUGAGGUAAUCUAGAAGCUGUUUCUUAGUUUUAGGGUUGAGGUGGUAACACCACUCUGGGGAGCAAUCCCUUGUCUUCACUUCCCCUGUGACAUGGCAGUGGUAGUUUUGUGACCACAGUCUGUCUGCUUCAUUUCCCCAUAUCUUUGCAACCCUAACCCACCCAAUAAGUUGUAAGAAUUUGUUUUUCUUUCCCUAAAGCCUGCAACGGUUCAUUUUACUAAACAAAGGUUAUCAAUCAGAUCCAGACCCAACCAGAAGAUCUGGGUCUGGAGUCACCCCUUGUGUGGGAAAGCACUGCAGAGGUCCAUGUCCAAGCUGAAGGGAAAUUUCACUUCACAGCAGAGUAAACAGUCAGACCUUUGUCUUCUUUGACAGACAGCUUGGCUGAGCUCAAAAUUUCUUCUCACUGUUUGCCAUCUUGAGGGAAAAAAUAGUCAAAGACCACUGAUAGCAAUUUCACCCUAUCUCAUCUAAACUUUGCUUGCUUUGCUUUUACUUAGAUUCAGGGUUGCUCUUCCUUCUGACUUUUACUUUCUAUCCCACUGAGUUUGGUACUUGAGAGUCACUUCAAGCAUGAGAACUUGAUGUUAACCUUCCUUUAUUAAUCAUACUUUAAGGAUUCACGGGAGGGCAUGUAAUGAAGCACCACAUUUUGGUGUUUAAGAACUUGGUUUAACAAUAGAAGUAAUUUCUAGCAGUGGAGGCAACAAGAAAAAAAAUUAAUAGCUUGAAUUGAGUAGCCAACAGGAAAGGUUCCUUUCACAUUUACAUUAAAACUAUAUAAUCACUCAGCACACCAUAAUUUGAAUUCUGUUCUCAAAGGUGUAGAUGAUAAAGCAGUGCCAUUUGUCGCUGUGGUCCUGUUCUCAAAUGCAUGGACAAUGUUUCCCUCUUUUUAAAAUAAUGCUUGCAUCUGGGAUGCAAGCUGUGCUUACCUUUUUAAAUACCUUUUUGAAAGUAUUUAUUAAUGAACCAAAGGAAAUCAGGUGCUUUGUGUAAGCAUCAGAAUAUAUAAUACAUAGUAAUUUGACUAUGAAUUUUAAAUCCACAUUUUAAUAUUAGUGGGGUAUUGCAAAGACAUUCCUUCUAAAGUUUUAAUAUUCCUUUUAUUAAGGGUCUCAGGGAGGGUUUAAUUAGUCAGCCAUAUUUAUUUUCCAGAGGUGUAAGGAAUUGCUAAGUUUUUUAAUUAACUUUUUUAAAAAAAAUUUUAAAUGCCCCCAAACUCAUGUGGGUUGCACUGCUCUUUGAACCAGUAAGUGUUGGUAUGCACUUUGUUCAGAAACACUGUGUACUUCUGCAAUGAGAUCCAUGUAAAGUGAUUGGACCCCCUAGUCUAGUGGGAAAGCUGAUUAGUCAGCUACUCAGGCUACUAAUUCAUUCAUUGCCAGUGUCUUGGUUUUUCAGUUUUGCCUCCGUGAUAAAUUAAAGAAUGGAGAGAGGUGAAGGAAGGGAAGGACUUCUUUAGUAAAGAACAAGCAGAGUUAAACUUGCCUUUGGUAGAAACUGCAGCUGACAGUGGUAGUAUCCAAGCAAUCAGAUGUCCCGGGCCUGCUCUCCUGCCAUCCGUGCUCCCGGGAUGGAGAUGCUAGGUGCUGCACACCCUACAUUCCUCAGGCAUGUAUUCUGGAAAUGGAAUUCCUGUUAACUUCCCGCACUUAACAGUUUGUCCUACAAUUGGUAGGCAGUAGGAAAAACACUAGCGUAGAUUAUAAAGAUAAAUACUCAAAAGAGGACCAGAAAUACUUGGUAUUCAGUGGCACAGAAAGCAGGUUAAAACAAAAGCACAGUGUUGACACUCGCAAGUUUUCCAUUUGUGGUAGUACACGACCUUUCACAUUUCGUGUGUGCUAACACACACGACUUGCAUGACCAGCUCUGCCUGAGUCAUGCAGUUGAAAAACUUAAAGACAUCUUAACUCACAAAAAUAUUUUAAUUAAGACCUUUCAGUUUCUAUCUGGAUACUUAAACACAUUGGCAGAGGUGUCUGUGAGUUUAGUUCCACUAACUAUAAUGUUUCACCUGCCUUACCAAGACCAUUCUCAGUCUACUUUUUUAAGCUACCAUAUCUUAAAUUAUUGAAAAUUUAUUAAUUGCUGAAUAUAUAAUAACCUUUGCUUGUAUGUAACCGAAAAUGGUUUAAGAGCCAACAUUUAGAGUUUGACAAUGGAGCUGAACAGUUUUUAAUGCGCAAGCAGUUCUGUUCUUGUGUAUGACCUGUAACCUUAAUUUACUGUGUAAAGAUGGUUACAUUAUUUCCUUAGCUUUGUUUGUUGGAGACAAAUAGAGAAUGCUUGUUAAGUAUGUCAAAACAUAAUCUUCCCUUGUGAAUUUUUGUUAAUGUAUUAUACGAGCUCUAUUUUCCAUUUGCCCAGAAAGACAGCUUGUAUAACGCUUUUGGAAGUUCCUGCUCUCGUAACGUCUUUAGAGCUGACAGUCUGUUAGGUUUGUUUUCUCUUCAUGCUAAAGUGUCGGUGGUUUUGUGAACUGGUCAGAAAUUCACAGGUCUUAAAUGUUUGGGGGAAAUUUAUAUUGGACACUGCUCUUUGUCUAGCAAAUAAAAGAUGUUAAUAUAUUCCUGUUCCUGGCAUGUGCACGACUGUGUUAUUAGAAGCCACUUUAUCAUUUUCCUGCUUUAAAUAGAAAUGUCUAUUUAUGAAUUCUGCUUGUAGUUUUUUCACAAAUAAAAUAGUAAAAUUUA